ACAUCCUCCGGUAGCAUCACAGCGCUCACCGACACACGACCGGGGAAGAUGGUCGCGGUGCACACGUCCCCCAACUCGUCUCCGACGGCGGAGUGGAUCGGCUGUCUGGAUAAAAGGCCUUCGGAGCGUUCGGGAGAGGAUGUUGACAUCAUUCUGACCAGACUGAGAGAGGUCAAAGCUUUCCAUAGGUUCCCAGCUCCCCUCUUACUGCAGAUCUGUGCCUCGGCCUUCUAUGAAUGCCUGGAGAAAGGCAUCACGUUGUUUCGACAGGGGGACAUAGGCACCAGCUGGUAUGCUGUCCUAUCUGGCUCUCUGGAUGUCAAAGUGUCCGAAACGGCAAACCACCAGGGGACCUCGAUGUCCUCUGAGUGCAACUGGGAUGCCCGGCCAAACUACAACUCCUUGGAACGUUCCAAAGACAGCAUCUCGAAGGAUGUCCAAGAGUAG